ACAAGAAACAUAUUUAGACAUCCAUUCCCCGCCCCUUCCGUUCAUCGCACCCGCCGAAUUGUUCAGGCUCAGUCAUCGCUAUUGUCCACACGCCAGGCAGCACGCUGUUCUAAGCCAACCCACCUCCCACAAACACUUUUCUACACAGACACAACCUCAAUUCACACGUACAUAGACACGACUCCAGUGCCGCCAAGAUGGGUGCCAAAUCUGGGUUCGCCCUCAAAUUCCUGCAGUGGUUCAUCCGCGGCAUCCAGUUCUGCUGCUGCGCCCUCACCCUCGCCCUCUUUUCCUACUUCCUGGCCAGCGCCUCCAGACACAAUGAAGGCAUCCCUAUCUGGGCCAGAGCCGUUGAGGGUAUCUCUGGCAUCGGCGUCAUCCACACAGCCGUAGGCUUGCUCCUCCUAUGCUGCCUCGCCGGCCACCCAGCCACAUCCUUCAUCGCCAUUGUCCUUGACAUUGCCUUUGUCGGAGCCUUCAUCUACGUUGCUCAGGCCAACCGUGGCGGCGCUGGGAGCUGCCGUGGCUAUGUUGACACCGUCUUCGGAAGCGGUUACGAUAACACGUAUCGGAAUGGUCUGCCCACGUUCGGCACUCUCUGCAGAAUGCAGACUGCCGUCUUCGCCGUCUCCAUUGUUGCCAUCAUCUUCUUCAUCUUGUCCGCUCUCAUGGAGUUCGUUCUCGUCCGCCACCGCCGCAAGGAGAAGGCUUUUGGUCCCAGCCCUGGCAACAACUACACUUCAGGUUACGCCAAGAAGCGCGGCGGUCUCUUCGGCAAGUUCGGUCGCAAGAAGCACGCCAAUGCCACUGCCGAGAACCCCAACCAGCUGCCCACCCACACCACCCCCGACCAGAUGCGUCAGAGCUACGCCACGGACGCCACGGCUGUCGGCAACAACCCCGACACUCUCCCCAAGCACAGCUACGAUCCCAAUGGCGUCAACUGCUACCGCCAGGAGCCGCUUGUGGCCGAUCACCUCCACGGCCACCACCACGAUGGCCAGACUGCGUACCCUGACCAAGGCUACCGCGUCUAAAGUCCGAUAUCGUAGCUGGAUUACGACGCACACUAUGCCAGCCACUCGCCUUGCCGCAAGAGCAUAGUCGUGGGUGGGGUGAGAUGAGCAUGAUACUUGCACACGCCACGCACACUUACGAUCCUUAUGUGCGAUAAUGAUAAUAUGAAUGAGGAUUACCAGAUAGCAGGAAGUUAAUGAGACGUUACUGAUCGUUUGCGUCACUAUGAUCAAAUGAGAUUGUACUUAUUGCAGAUAAAUGCUCAAAUAUAUGAAAGUUGAAAUUAG